GGACCGCACCGGCGGACGCAUCCUCACCUACAACUUCCCGAAUGGUGGUAAAUAUGACUACUACGAUGUUGGCGCCAUGAGGUUUCCCCUGCCAAAGAAGGAUGCUCAAGGCAAUUACAAGAUUGGCAUCAUGAGGCGCUUGGGCGAGUUAAUCAACUAUCCGAAGCUCAACGAGGGUUCUUCCGAGGCACCUCUGAGCUCCAAACUUAUCGAUUAUCACAUUACGUCAAAGAGACGAGGGUGUUUCCUCUACUUCAACAAUCAGCGUUAUCAAGUCUCUCAGACAUCGCGCCCUCCUGACUUCCAUGCCCGAGAAAUGGGUGUUGAUUCUCAGUACAUCGCCGUGGGAGUUGAUAAUAUUUUCGAGGAUGUCAUUCAGCCAUUUGCUUAUAAGCUCAUUAAAGACUUGGAGCAGAAUGUCCAUUCGGGCUGGGACAACAUGAAGAAGCACGAUGCAUACUCAGUUCGCUCAUUCAUGUCAUUCAAGUACAUCCCCAGCGCCAGCCUCCAAAUUCCACACACGCAUCUUUCCGCCGACGUUAUCAAUUGGUGCGAGACAUUCUACGACAGCACAGGCUCGUUUGACCGUGCUUUAACUGAAUCGGUUCUUGAUGCGCUGGCAUUUGUCAGUUUCGAGUCGCAGACCUUGGGAGAUGUAGAAUGGAAGUGUUUCGAAGGCGGUUCUCAAGUGCUUACCGACUACAUCACGGCAUACAUUACUAGUACUACUAUCGGCACCAAGCCUCUCAUCCAGUUCAAUAAGAAGGUCACGUGCAUCUCUCAGAGUGGAGACACGGCGAUGAAUGUUUAUGUGAGGGGCGAAUCUAGCCCGCGCACAUAUUCACAUGUUAUAUCGACUAUUCCUCUACCGAGCCUACGGACGAUUGAACUCGGAGGUGCUGGUCUAAAUGUGAUGCAGAAAAAUGCAUUGCGUAAACUGCAGUACGCUCCUUCAGUCAAGGUUGCGAUGCGCUUUCAAUCAGCGUGGUGGACCGAACUUUUCGAUAUAAUAGGAGGCCAAUCAUCCACUGACCUUCCAAUUCGAACUAUCAUCUACCCGUCUUGUGGGGCUGAGUCUAGCACGCCGUCCACAGUACUGAUUGCGAGCUACUGUUUGACAAAUGAUGCAGAACGCUUGGGAGCGCUCAUCAACACCGGUAAGAUAGAGUAUGAGGAGCAAUUGAAGGAACUCGUGCUGCGCAAUCUCGCGGAAGUACACAAUGUGGAUUAUAAUUUCUUGUUGGAUCAGUACGUAGACAUGCAUGCAUGGGACUGGAGCGACAACCCGCUCGUCAUGGGUGCAUUUGGGUUCUUUGGGCCCGGAGAUUUUCAGGCUUUAUACACAUCUCUCACUGUACCAAAUGCCAACAAGAGGCUCCAUUUUGCUGGAGAGGCCAUCAGCACCCGUCAUGCGUGAGUGAAAAGCGGUUGGGUUGUUUUGAUGAUUACAACUUAGAGGCAAUGCAACCUGCAGGUGGGUCGUUGGUGCAUUGGACA